CUUACCAAGCACUGGAGUAAUAUUGUAGAUAAAAAUGCCUCUUGGAUGCAAAGAGAGACCAACUUUUUUGGACAUUUUUAAGAUGCGGUGCAAUAAAGCAGAUUUAGGGCCAAUAAGCCUUAAUUGGUUUGAAGAACUUUCUUUAGAAGCUCCACCUUACAAUGAACCCACAGAAGAAUCUGGGUAUAAAAUCAAUUAUGAACCAAACCUCUUUAAAACACCACAGAGGAAACCUUAUCAUCAGUUGGCGUCAACUCCAGUAGUAUUCAAAGAGCAAGGUCUAAUUCUGCCAGUGUACCAGCAAUCUCCUUUAAAAGAAUUUGAUAAAUGCAGAGUAGACCCAGGAAAGGAUAUUACCAAUAGUAAACAUAAAAACUGUUGCCCAGUGAAGUCUAAAAUGGAUCAAACAAAUGAUGUUACCAGCCCACCUCUAAAUUCUUGUCUUAGUGAAAGUCCUGUUCUACGAAGUACACAUGUAACACCACAAAAAGAAAAGUCAGUGGUUUGUGGAAGCUUGUUUCAUACACCGAAGCUUAUGAAGGGUCAGACACCAAAACGUAUUUCUGAAAGUCUAGGAGCUGAGGUGGAUCCUGAUAUGUCUUGGUCAAGUUCUUUAGCCACACCACCAACCCUUAGUUCUACUGUACUUCUAGUCAGAGAGGAGGAAACAUCUGCAACUGUAUUUCCCAAUGACACUACUGCUAUCUUUAAAAACUAUUUUUCUAACUAUGAUGAAAGUCUGAAGAAAAAUGAUAGGUUUAUCCCUCCUGGGCCAGACAAUGAAAACAAAAGUCAAAGAGAAGCUAAAAGUCAAGGAUUGGAGGAAAUGUUAGGGAAUUCAUUGGAUAAAGUAAAUAGCUGCAAACACCAUUUUGUGAAGUCAACACCAAGUGUCUUAGAAGAUGAAGUACAUGAAAGAGUUGCAGAUGUUUCCGAAGAAGAUAGUUUUUCAUUAUGUGUUCCUAAAUAUAAAACAAGAAAUCUACAAAAAAUAAAAACCAGCAAGACUAGGAAAAAUAUUUUCAAUGAAACAACCAAUAAAUGUGAAGAAGCCAAAAAACAAAUGAAAGAAAAUAAACCUUCAUUUGUAUCUGAAAUGAAAGCAAAGGUCAGGGAUCCAUUAGAUUCAAAUGUAACAAAUGAGAAGCCCUUUGGGAAUGGAAGUAACAAAAUCUCCAAGGAAGUUGUACUGUCUUCAGCCUCUGAAUGGUCUCACCUAACCCUCUCAGGUCUAAAUGGAACCCAGAUGGAGAAAUCACCUCUACUGCAUAUUUCUUCUUGUGACCAAAAUAAUUCAGAAAAAGACCUUAUAAUCACAGAGAAAGAAUGUACCAAUAUUAUUACUUUCGAAGAUUCUUUGCCACAGAUUUCAGGUGUACCAAAGUGUACAGAGAAGAUAUUAAAUGAGGAAAUAGUGGUAAAUAAGUUAGAUGAAGGGCAAUGUCUUGAAUCUCAUGAAGAUUCCAUUCUUUCGGUAAAGCAAGUGACAUCUGAAACUUCUCUAAUAGCAUCUCCACUUCAGGGUAUCAGAAAGUCUAUAUUCAGGAUAAGAGAAUCACCUGAAGAGACGUUCAGUGAAGUGUUCUCAAAUAAUCUGACUGAUCCAAACUUUAAAGAAGAACUUGAAGCCUCUGAAAGUGGAUUAGAAAAACAUUCUAUUUGCUCACAGAAAGAGGAUUCUUUAGUUACAGGUUCAGUUGAUAAUGGAAGCCAGCCAGCCAGUGUGAAGCAUGCUUCUGUAGCUUUGAAGAGUUCAGGUUUAAUAUCCACUUUGAAAAAGAAAACAAGAAAGUUUAUUUAUGUUAUAAAUGAUGAAACAUCUUAUCAAGGACUAAAAACACAGAAAGACCAGGAAUCGGGACUGAUGAAUUCUUCGGCACAGUUUGAAGCAAAUGCUUUGGAAGGACCACUGACAUUUACAAAUGCUGAUUCAGGUUUAUCACAUUCUUCUAUCAAAAAAAGCUGUUUACAGAAUGAUUCCAAGGAACCAACUUUGUCUUUAAACAACUCUUUUGGGACAAUUCUGAGAAAAGUUUCCAAUAUUGGAAGCAGUAGUACUAAUAAUAAAAUAAUAUCUCAAGAUCUUGAUUACAAAGAAGCAAAAAUUAAAGGAAAACUGCAGUCAUUUAUAACUACAGAAAUGGAUUGUGUGUCAUCCUUGCAGGAAAAACACUGUGGGGAUGAUACAAAAAGCCAAAGAGUUUCAGAUAGAAAAGAAGAGAUUUUGCCUGCAGUAGGUCACCCUUCUGAGCCUCAUUCGGAAAUGGACAGUGGUAUUCACUUUCAGUCUCUGGAAAGCUUUUCAUGUGAUCCAGAUAAUACCGGCCAGUUAACUCUGAAUCCUCCAUCAAACCCAGUCAUGCUUGCUAGAGGAAGAGAACCAUAUAAAGUGUCAGAGACACUAAAAUGUAAGAAUCAUGCAGCUGGUUUUGAAUUAACCAAAACCAUGGAAAACAAUCAAGAAAUACAUGUUUUAAAUGAAAAUUCUAAAAAAGCUAAGCUGUUGUCAACUGAAAAAUAUGCAACAGAAGCAUCACCUAUGAAAGCACCGUUCAACCAAAAUGCCCAUCUCACAGUAAUCCAAAAAGACCAAAAAGAAACUACUUUAGUUUCAGAAAUAACUAUCAAUCCAAACUCUGAAGAACUUUUCCCAGAUGAUAAUGAUUUUGUCUUUCAAAUAACUAAUAAAAGGAGUAUUCCUGUUGUAGGAAGUAUUAAGGAACGUCAUGAUGCAGACCUGUGUUGUGUAAAAGAACCUGUUCUCGAGAACUCUACCGUGGUAGUGUAUACAGAUAGCAAUGACAAACAAGCAGCCAAAAUGUCGAUUAUGAAAGAUUUUGAUUCAUCAAAUAUGGAUGAUCUUACUGAAAAGAACAGAAAUAGCAUAAAGCAGCAACUCAGAAUGACUCUAGAUCAAGAUUCAAAAUCAGAUAUCACCUUGGAUUCAGAUAUGAAAUCAAAUGGAAAUAAUGAUUACAUGGCUAAUUCGGCAAGACUUUCAGAUCCAGUUUUAAAUCACAAUUUUGGAAAUGGCUUCAGAACAGCUUCUAAUAAAGAGAUAAAACUCUCUGAACACAAUAUUAAGAAAAGCAAAAUGCUCUUCAAAGAUAUUGAAGAACAUUAUCCUACUAACUUAGCUUUUAUUGAAAUUGUAAAUACUUCAUUAGAAAGUCAAGAGAAACGGACCAAACUUCAUGCACUUGAACCACAGUCAAUUAAUAUUUUAUCUGGGUGUGUGCAGAGGAACACAUAUGUUUCUGAUAGUGAAGGUGGUCACACAACUCCUCCAACUUUAUCUUUAAAACGAGAUUUUGAAUCAAAUCAUAAUUUAACACCUAGCCAAAAGGCAGAAAUUACAGAACUUUCUACCAUUUUGGAAGAAUCGGGAAGUCAGUUUGAAUUUACACAGUUUAGAAAACCAAGGUACAUGAUACAGAAAAAUCCAGGUGAAAUGCCCGAAAAACACCUGACUAUCUCGAAUACCAUUCCGGAGGAACUGAAAGAUGCUGAUCUACAUCUCACAAUUAAUGCCUCAUCUAUUGGUCAGGGAGAUUGUAGCAAGAAAUUUGAAGGUAUAGUUGGAGGUAGGCAGAAGUUUGCUUGCUUGUCAAAAACCAGCUGUAACAAAAAUGCUUCUGGCCAUUUAACAGGUAAAAAUAAAGCAGAGUUUAGAGGCUUUUAUUCUGCUCGUGGCACAAAACUGAAAGUUUGUAGUGAAGCACUGCAAAAAGCUGAGAAGCUCUUUAGUGACUUUGAGAAUAUUAGCGAGGAAACUUCUAUAGAAGUAGAUGGAAGAAGUUUCUCUUCAAGUAAAUGUAAUGAUUCGGUUUCAGUGUUUAAGAAAGAAAAUCAUAACAAAGAGAAAAAGUUAAAUGAGAAAAAUAAUAAAUGCCACCUAAUACUACAAAAUAAUAUUGAAAUGACUACUGGCAUUUUUGUUGCCAAAAAUACUGAAGCUUGUGAGAGAAACACAGAAAGUGAAGCUAACAAAUACACUGAUACCAGUGGAAAUACUUAUAACUUCGGAGAAUCUGAUGGCAGUGAUUCAAGUAAAACUGAUACAGUUUAUAUUCAUAAAGAAGAAACUGGCUUGCCAUGUAUUGAUCAGCACAACAUAGAUCUGAAAUUAUCCAGCCAGUUUAUAAAGGAGGACAACACUCAAAUUAAAGAAGGCUUGUCAGAUUUAACCUGUUUGGAAGUUGUGAAAGCUGAAGAAACAUUUCAAGUUAACACGUCCACCAAAGAACAUUUAGCUGCUAAUACAAUGAGGCAAAAUAGAAAAGAUUUUGACAUUUUUCAUGUGUCCUUUCAGACUGCAAGUGGGAAAAAUAUAGGAGUCUCUAGAGCAUCGUUAAAUAAAGUUACACAUUUCCUUGAUCAAAAAUAUACAGAAGAAGAAUUGAGUAACUUUUCAGAUUCCUUGAAUUCUGAAUUACUUUCUGGCAUAGAUAUCAACAAAAUAGACAUUUCACAUCAUGAGGAAAUGGAAAAUAUUGAAAGAAAAGACAAAAUAAUGAAAGAAAGUGACCUCAUUGGUACUGAAAAUAAAUCACUGACCCUCCAGCAAAGACCAGAAUAUGAAAUCAAAAAGAUCGAAGAACCUCCCAUUUUGGGUUUUCAUACAGCUAGUGGGAAAAAAAUAGAAAUUGCAAAGGAAUCUUUGGACAAAGUGAAAAAUCUUUUUGAUGAGAGAGAGCAAGAUAAAAGUGAGAUCACUAAUUUUAGCCAUCGAGGGGCAAAGAUGUCCAAAGGCAGAGAGGAGUGUAAAGGUGGGCUGGAAUUAGCAUGUAAGACCAUUGAAAUACCAACUGCUUCAAAGGAUGAAGAAAUGCAAAACUCUCUAGAGAAAAAACUUGUUUCUAAUGAGAUUGAGUUGGUACCCAGGCUCUUAAGUGAUAAUUUAUACAAACAAACUGAAAAUCUUAAAAUAUCAAAUCGUGCCUCUCUGAAAGUUAAAGUACAUGAAAAUACAGAAGAAGAAACAGCAAAAACGUCUACAACUUGUACAAAUCAAUCCACUUAUUCAGCCACUGAAAAUUCAACUUUUGCAUUUUAUACAGGACAUGGUAGAAAAAUCUCUGUGAGUCAGGCUUCCAUACUUGAAGUAAAAAAAUGGCUUAGAGAAGGAGAAUUGGAUGAUCAACCAGAAAAAAUGGUGUAUAAUAAAUCAGAAUAUCUUUCAGAAAAUAAAGUUGAUAAUUCUGGUAUUGAGCCAGUAGCAAGGAAUGUUAGAGAAAAUACCAGUGUUUCUGAAAUAAUGUCCACUGUAAGAGAAGCAGACAAAGACCCACAAAGUGUAAAUGAAGAUACUUGCAGUCAGAAACCUGUGACUAAUUUCUCAUGCAAAAAUGAAAAUACAGCCCUUAAAGUGACCGUUUCUGAUUCAAAUAAUUUUGAUUCAACUCAGAAAUUGAAUUCUGAUUCACAUAAUGCUGUGCCUGCAUACACUACAGCAAGUAGUGAAAGAGUCUUAGUUGCACACGAGACAAAAGUGACAGAGGGAUUUACAGAAAACUGCAGUAUGGCCAUUAAGCAAAACACCAAGAGUAAACUAGGCACUUACCCGGGGAAAGUUGUGGCAGAUUAUCAUAAGGCGCUGGAUGAUUCAGAGGAUAUUAUUUAUCCUAACUCUCUGGAUAGUGUAGAAUGUGGUUCGCCUUCACAUAAAGAUUUUGCUGAUACUCAAAGUGAACAAACUCUACAACUUAGCCAAAGUAUAUCUGGAUUCGAGAAAGGUUCUGAAAUACCACCUUGUCAGAUUAAUGUGAAAACUUCUGACACACGUAAACUUAGUACAAGGAAGCGUCCCCACUCUGUCUCUUGUACAAGUGCUUGUGGGAUUUUUAGCACAGCAAGUGGAAAAUCUGUACAGGUAGCAGAUGCUGCAUUACAAAAGGCAAGACAGGUGUUUUCUAAGGUAGAAGAUAAUGCCAAGAAGCUGUUUCCCAAAGUAUCGUCUAAACAUACUGAGGAACACUCAGACAAGUUCACAAAGGAAGAAAACACUGUGACACAUAUCCCCCAAAAUUUACCAUCAUCUGCUUUCUCUGGAUUCAGUACAGCAAGUGGGAAACAAGUUCUAGUUUCUGAAAGCGCCUUAUACAAAGUUAGGGGAAUGUUAGAAGAAUUUGAUAUGAUCAGAACUGAAUGUAGUCUUCAGUGUUCACCUACGUCUAGACAAGAUGUAUCAAAGAUGCCUCCUCCCUCUUGUAUUGAUAAGAGAACCCCAGAACACUCUGUAAACUCCAAAUUGGAAACAGCCUACAAUGAAGAAUUUAAAUUCUCAAGUAACUCUAACAUUGAACAUGGUUCUUUAGAAAAUCACUCUGUGAAAGCUUCUCCGUAUUCCUCCCAGUUUAAGCAAGACAAACGGCAGUUGAUACUAGGAAACAAAGCAUCGCUUGUUCAGAACAUUCAUCUUUUGGAAAAAGAACAAGCUUUACCUAAAAAUAUAAAAAUGGAAAUCGAGAAAACUGAAGAUUUUCCUCAUCUUCCUGUGAAAACAAAUAUAGAAAUUCAUUCUACUGACUCCAGGAAUCCAAAAAACUAUUUUGAAACAGAAACAGUAGAGAUUGCCAAAGCUUUUAUGGAAGAUGGUGAGCUGACAGAUGCCGAACUGCUAAGUCACACCAGACACUUUCUUUCUACAUGCCAACACACUGAGGAGACACUUCUGUUAAAUUCAAGAAAAGGGAAAAGAAGAGGAGAUGUCCUUGUGUCAAUUGGAGAACCCCCAAUCAAAAGAAAUUUGUUAAAUGAUUUUGACAGGAUAAUUAAAAAUGAAGAUAAAUCCUUAAAAGCUUUGAAAAGCACUCCAGAUGGCAUCAUAAAAGACAGAAGCUUGUUUAUGCAUCAUAUUUCUUUAGAGCCAGUUACCUGCGAACCCUUUAGCACAACUAAGAAACGGCAAGAAAUACAGAAUCCAAAUUUCACUGCACCUGGUCAAGAAUUUUUGUCUAAAUCUCAUUUUUCCGAACACCUGGCUUUAGAAAAAUCUUCAAGCAACGUAUCCGUUUCAGGACAGCCGUUUUGUACGUUUCCUGCCAUGAGAAAUGGAGAAAGGAGACAUUUGAUUACUCCAAGCAAACCAGUGAAAGUCUUUGUCCCACCUUUUAAAACUAAAUCAUGUUUUCACCAAGAUGAUCAGCACAUUAGCAAGAAUACUACUAAUGUGGAAGGAAACAAACAAAAACCAAAAAACAUAGAUGAACAUGGUUCUGGUGAUAGUAAAAAUAGUAUUAACAGUGAAAUUCAUCAGCUUAACAAAAAUAACUCCAGUCAAGCAGCAACUAUGAUAUUCACGAAGUGUGAAAAGGAACCUUUAGAUUUAACUGCAUGUCUUCAGAAUGCCAGAGAUAUACAGGAUAUGCGAAUUAAAGAGAAGCAAAGGCAGCAUAUUUUCCCACAGCCAGGUAGCCUGUAUCUUGCAAAAACCUCCACCGUGCCUAGAAUCUCUCUGAGAGCAGCCGUAGAAGGCCAAGUCCCUUCUGCAUGUUCACAUAAACAGUUAUAUAUGUAUGGCGUUUCCAAACAGUGCAUAAAAAUCAACAGCAAAAAUGCAGAGUCUUUUCAGUUUCACACUCAGGAUUAUUUUGGGAAGGAAAUCCAGUGGGCUGGAGAGGGAAUACAGUUGGCUGACGGUGGAUGGCUCAUACCCUCCGAUGAUGGAAAGGCUGGAAAAGAAGAAUUUUAUAGGGCUCUGUGUGACACCCCAGGUGUGGAUCCAAAUCUUAUUUCUAGAACUUGGGUCUAUAAUCACUAUAGAUGGAUUAUAUGGAAACUGGCAGCUAUGGAAUUUGCCUUUCCUAAGGAAUUUGCUAAUAGAUGCCUGAGCCCAGAAAGGGUGCUUCUUCAACUAAAAUACAGAUACGAUAUGGAAAUUGAUAGAAGCAAAAGAUCAGCUAUAAAAAAGAUCAUGGAAAGGGAUGACACUGCUGCAAAAACACUUGUUCUCUGUGUUUCUGAGAUAAUCUCAUCAAGCACAGACCUAUCUGAAACUUCCAGCAGUAAAACUAGUAGUGUGGGUACCAAAAAUGUGGGCAUCGUCAAGCUUACAGAUGGAUGGUAUGCCAUUAAGGCCCAGUUAGAUCCUCCCCUCUCAGCUCUCGUAAAGAAAGGUAGACUGACCGUGGGUCAUAAGAUCAUUAUUCAUGGAGCAGAACUAGUGGGCUCUCCCGAUGCCUGCACACCGCUUGAAGCCCCAGAAUCUCUUAUGUUAAAGAUUUCUGCGAACAGUACUCGGCCUGCUUGCUGGUAUGCCAAACUUGGAUUCUCUCCUGAUCCAAGACCUUUCCCUCUCCCCUUGGCAUCACUUUUUAGUGAUGGAGGAAACGUUGGCUGUGUUGAUGUGGUUAUUCAAAGAACGUACCCCAUACAGUGGAUGGAGAAGACUCCAUCUGGAUUAUGCAUAUUUCGCAGUGAAAGAGAGGAAGAAAGGGAGGCGACAAAAUAUGCAGAAGCCCAACAGAAGAAACUAGAAGUCUUAUUCAAUAAAAUUCAAGCAGAAUUUGAAAAGAAUGACGAAAAUGUAACAAAACGAUGUUCAGCAGGACGCGCACUAACAAGACAGCAGGUCUGUGCUUUGCGGGACGGUGCAGAGCUUUACGAAGCGGUGAGGAACGCACGGGACCCGACUUCCCUUGAGGGUUAUCUCAGUGAAGAGCAGAUAAGAGCCUUGAAGAAUCACAGACAGAUGUUGAAUGAUAAGAGGCAAGCACAGAUCCAGCUGGAAUUCAGGAAGGCCAUGGAGUCUGCUGGGCACGGAGAAAAAAUGUCACCAAGGGAUGUUUCCUCCGUGUGGAAGCUGCGCAUCAUCAGCUACGGGAGAAAAGAGAAAGAUUCGGUUACACUGAGUAUCUGGCGUCCAUCAUCAGAUUUACAUUCCUUAUUAACAGAGGGAAGAAGAUACAGAAUCUAUCAUCUUGCAGCAUCACAAUCUAAAAGUAAAUCUGAAAGAGCUAACAUACAGCUAACAGCAACAAAGAAAACUCAGUAUCAACAACUACCGGCUACACAUGACCUCCUGUGCCAGGUUUAUCAGCCGAGGGAGCCCCUUCCCUUCCACAAACUGUCGGAUCCAGACUUCCAGCCACCUGGUUCUGAGGUGGACUUAGUAGGAUUUGUAGUUUCCGUUGUGAAAAAAAUAGGUUUUGCUCCUUUGGUCUAUUUGUCAGAUGAAUGCCAUAAUUUAUUGGCAAUAAAGGUCUGGACCGAUCUUAAUGAAGAUGUUAUUAAACCUCAUACAUUAAUUGCUGCUAGCAACCUCCAGUGGCGACCGGAAUCUAAAUCAGGAAUUCCUACUUUAUUUGCUGGAGAUUUUUGUAGGUUUUCUGCCAAUCCAAAGGAGGGCCAUUUUCAAGAGACAUUCCACAAAAUGAAAAACACUCUUGAGAAUAUUGAUAUGUUUUGCAAUGAUGCAGAAAACAAACUUAUGCAUCUACUUAAUGCCAACAACCCCAAGCUGUGCACCCCAACUAAAGAGUAUGCUUCAGAGCCACAUGCAACUCCAACAGUCCUUGGCAUAGGGAAUAAAGUUUUGAUGUCUUCUCCCAGUAGUGAGACGAAUUACCAGACUCCUUUAUCACUUUCUAAGCUGAAAGCAAAGUCUGUUCCCACACCUGGAUCAGCUCAAAAGACUUCCAAGUCUUGUUAUAAAGGGGAGAAAGAGCUGGAUGACCCAAAAAACUGCAAGAAGAGAAAAGCCUUAGAUUUUUUGAGUAGACUGCCUUUACCUCCACCCGUUAGUCCCAUUUGUACAUUUGUUUCUCCAGCUGCACAGAAGGCAUUUCAGCCACCACGAAGUUGUGGCACCAUAUAUGAAACACCUAUGAAGAAAAAAGAGUUGAAUUCUCCUCAGAUGACUCCACUUAAAUUUAAUGACACUUCCCUUUUGGAAAGUGAUUCAAUAGCUGACGAAGAACUUGCAUUGAUAAACACUCAAGCCCUUUUGUCUGGUUCGGCAGGAGAAAAUCAACCUAUGUCUCUCAGUGACUCCCCUAGGACUGCUCCCAUGAGCUCAAAAGAUUAUGUCAGGCUGAAAACCUCUACUGCAUCUGGGACCAGAGACUGCGAGAACCCCCAGGCCAGCACCGAAGGAUGGGACACUGAUGUGCAGGACACCGGUACAGUAAAAAGGACAUCUAUGAGACUGCAAAGGCAACAAAAGCAAACAUGGCAAAAAUCAGCUACUGACUCAGCCUCUCCAGUUUGUAAAAAAUACAGUUUCAAACUACACAUCAGUGUUCGCAUAAUGAGAAAAGAAAUAGUUUUGGAUUUCCCCGACUGCGCGUCCGUCACAGGAAUGCUCUUCGCCUGCUUCUGUACUUUUAUUUGUUAUAGAUCUUAAAGUUGACUGUAUAUUUAUUAACUAAUCAAGAAAAAAAAUCUCCUUUAAAUCUUUAUGACUGGAUUUGGUCACUGGAUUAGAUCAAGUAUUAUUUUAGAAAGUUAAACAUACCUUUUUCUUUAAAUUGUGUCCUUACGUAAAUGAAACUAGGUUUCCAAGUACAGUUAUUUUGACUCCUGUAAUUUCUUUUAGUUUAGUUCCUAUUUUAGGUGGUUUUGUUCUGUUUUGUUUUUCAGAGAUAGCUCACUGUGACCCAGUUUUCCCUAACAAAUGUGUUGGUUCUCUUAUAGUUGUAUCCUGAUCAAACAUCAGGAAGUGUAAGGUACAACAGUGGUGUUUUCUAAGACCUAUCCUUCAACCCAAGUCAGCAUAACUACAGGAAAAAAGAAUUCUCAAUGUAAUUCCUUUUUAUGAUUCCAGUGUCACCUCUGAAACUAUUUUAAUUAAAAAUUCAAAUACUUUAAACCAGA